CCACCCCCGGGGCGGGGCAAGAAGGAGUCCGCCCCGGGGCCGCCAGAGCUGGCCAGAGCCGUCGCGGCAGGGAGCGGGCGGCCGGGAAGCGGGGAGCAGCAUGGCCGAGCGAUACGACGUGAUCGUGGUUGGGGGCGGCAUCUCAGGUCUCUCAGCAGCCAAACUCCUGACUGAGGCAGGCUUGAAUGUGGUGUUGCUAGAAGCCAGUGACAGGGUUGGUGGAAGAACUUUCACUGUAAGGAACAAACAAGUUAAGUAUGUGGACCUCGGAGGAGCUUAUGUGGGGCCAACACAAAAUCGUAUCCUGCGGUUGUCUAAAGAGUUAGGAGUAGAGACCUACAAAGUGAACGAAGAUGAGCACCUGAUACAUCAUGUCAAGGGUAAGUCUUAUCCCUUUAAAGGUGUCUUCCCUCCUACGUGGAAUCCGUUGGCUUACCUGGACUACAACAACCUAUGGAGGACCAUGGAUGAAAUGGGAAAGGAGAUUCCUAAUGAAGCCCCAUGGAAGGCUCCGCAUGCUGAGGAGUGGGACAAGAUGACUAUGCAAGAUUUCAUAGAUAAAAUUUGCUGGACAAAUGCUGCCAAGAGUUUUGCAACUCUGUUUGUGAAUGUGGAUGUCACUUCUGAACCCCAUGAGGUCUCUGCUCUUUGGUUUUUGUGGUAUGUGAAGCAGUGUGGAGGGACCACAAGGAUAUUCUCAACGACCAAUGGAGGACAGGAGAGAAAAUUCACUGGGGGCUCUGGCCAGAUCAGUGAGAAAAUGAUGGAGCGCCUGGGCGGCCGGGUGAAGCUGAGGAAGCCUGUCAUCCGCAUUGACCAGUCAGGCCAGGGUGUCCUAGUGGAAACCUUAGAUCAUGAAGUAUACGAGGGCAAAUACGUGAUCAGUGCCAUUCCUCCAGCCCUUGGUUUGAAGAUUCAUUUCAACCCACCUUUGCCCCCCAUGAGAAACCAGCUUAUCAGUCGAAUCCCCAUGGGCUCAGUCAUCAAGUGCAUUGUGUUCUAUAAGGAAACUUUCUGGAGGAAGAAGGGAUAUUGUGGUACCAUGAUCAUCGAAGAUGAGGAUGCUGCAAUUGGUUUAACUCUUGAUGAUACCAAGCCUGAUGGCAGCUUUCCUGCCAUAAUAGGCUUCAUUCUUGCUCGGAAGUGUAGAAGACUGACAGGUCUCACAAAAGAAGAAAGGAAAACAAGGCUGUGUGAGCUUUAUGCAAAGGUUCUGGGAUCAGAUGAAGCUUUACAUCCAGUGCAUUAUGAAGAGAAGAACUGGUGUGAAGAGCAGUAUUCUGGGGGCUGCUACACAGCCUACUUCCCACCAGGCAUAAUGACUCAAUAUGGAAGGAUUAUCCGGCAGCCCGUUGGCAGGAUCUAUUUUGCUGGCACAGAGACAGCCACAGAGUGGAGUGGAUACAUGGAGGGAGCUGUACAGGCUGGAGAAAGAGCAGCCAGGGAGAUACUGUUUGCUAUGAGGAAAAUCCCAGAGAAUGAGAUUUGGAAGCCAGAACCUGAAUCAGUUGAUGUUCCAGCUUUGCCCAUCACUACAACCUUCUGGGAGAGGAAUUUGCCAUCUGUGCCGGGACUGCUAAAGCUGAUUGGAUUUUCCACUUUCUUCACCUCCGUGGUUGCAGCUGGGCUAUUGGCCUACAGAAAGGGACUUAUAGUUCGAAACUGAAAAAGCUGUGUCUUGCUGCGAUUAUGCUGUGGAGUUUACCAUCACUAAGGGAUUAAAAAGAAGGAUUGGCUGCUGUUUCCUUGCCAUCUUCCACACGGAAGGAAUACGUGGCGCUCUGUGUAUGUGGAUGCCGACGUGAUGAGCAAACUGACAAAUGUAGGUAGAGCAUCAGGUUGCUCGCUCAUGGGAAGAAGGAACAUUUAGCACUGGGUUACAUUUUUCAAACUCCUCUGUGUCUACCCUUCGAAAAGAAGAAUGAAAUCUGCUUUAAUGGGUAACCACUUGUGCUAUAUUCUUAAUUUAUUAUCAUGUUUGAUGAGAAAUUUGCUAUUGUGAACGUUCCUGCAGUUUACUGGCUCCAUAAAAUGUGUUAUAGGAACAACCAUGAAAGUAAUUGUAUUUGUCUCUUAAGAACUGAUUUGUGUUAUCAUGUGUAUUUUGUAAAGCUCCUAAGAGUUUUCCAAGAAAAAAAAAAAGAGGUUUACUUGCUUGUACACUGCUUUUAUAGCAACUGUGCUUGGCAAAGGAUAUUGGCUCAUGGCAUGAAAAUGUGUGUUAAUGAAAGCACUUGAAAGCUAAUUGUAUAAACUACUUGACAGUAACAAGGAAGUGAGCAAUCUGAGGCAGCCCCUUGUCUUUCCUUGAACUAGUGGAUUGUUUUUUUCUCCAUGCAGAUCUUGAUUCCAAAUAGUACAUCUGUUGUCAAUACAGCAAAGACAUUAAUCACAGUUAAGUAUAUGUCUGAGCAUUGUUCAUCACUGGAACCCCAAGGCCUGGAGGAGAUGCUAUGGACUUCCAUUAAAAUAUCUUACCCAUGUCUUCAGCGAAACUACUAUUUCACUGAGGCAGACUUUACAGAAACCCAGAAAUUAUAAGAUUUUUCUUUAUUUUUUUAUCAGAUUUUUUUCCCAGAUAUGAAUGACAAAUAUUUUUGAGGAAGAAAGGAUUGUAUGAUUUCCAACAGGAUUUGGGUGCAAAAGGGAGCUAAGAUUAAAAGACAACGGAUCUGCCACUGCUCUCAGGCAAAAAGCAAGCCCACUUAAAUCACAGAUUACAAAUAAACCUGACCUGUGUUUGAAUAGACUAACAUUCCCUCUCCCAUCUCCACCACCUUAAGAUCACCUUGAUCUUACAAUCUGUUCUUCAACAGAGAGAAAAAAAGAGUUGUCCAAAGCAGUCUUGCUUUCAAAGUACCUCUACAGUUGAAUCGUUUAGGCAUUGUCAUAGACUGCCGCUUCUAACGUGUCUCCCGUGGUCAUGUACAGGCCAGUGUUCAGUGAUGCCUGCCUUUGUGUUUUGGUUAAAAAAAAAGAGUGACUUCACUUUGCAGGAAUAUAUAUAUAUAUUUUCUGUGUGUGAUGAUCUCGUGCCUUUCAUGACUGUAGCAUUUUCUCAAGUGCCUCUGUGGUAACUGUCUCCCUUGGUUUCCUUCUUAAGUUAAUUCUUUUCAGUAGGCUCCGCAGAUAUUUUUAUCUGACAGAUGUGAACUUUUUUUAACCUUAAUUAGAAUCAAUAAAUACUGUCAUGUCACAUUCA